AAAAAAAGUCGAGACGACUAAGUUUUCAAGUAGGAAUAUCUGGAGGACUAUAAUCUGAACUGAGAUCUGCUGCUGUGAAGAUGGAGUUUGUUAAAGAAGAGAGUGAAGAGAACACGAGUGAACCAGAAACCUGGAGAAUAAAACAAGAAGAACCAGAAACCUGGAGAAUAAAACAAGAGGAACCAGAAACCUGGAGAAUAAAACAUGAGGAACCAGAAACCUGGAGAAUAAAACAAGAAGAACCAGAAACCUGGAGAAUAAAACAAGAGGAACCAGAAACCUGGAGAAUAAAACAUGAGGAACCAGAAACCUGGAGAAUAAAACACGAGGAACCAGAAACCUGGAGAAUAAAACAAGAGGAACCAGAAACCUGGAGAAUAAAACACGAGGAACCAGAAACCUGGAGAAUAAAACACGAGGAACCAGAAACCUGGAGAAUAAAACACGAGGAACAAGGAGAGUUUAUUGAAGAAAAAGAGGAGUAUGAAGAAUCAAGUGGAGUUGAGGAGAAAAAUAAUGUCAAAACUGGAGGACAAUCUUUGAGUUUCUCUAAAACCAAACAGAAAGAUUUAAAGAAUAAAAGAGCCAAGACAUUUUUCAACUGCACUCAGUGUGGAAAGAGAUUCACACACAAAACAGGUUUUGAGCAUCACAUGAGAAUUCAUACUGGAGAGAAACCAUUCACUUGUGAUCAGUGCGGGAAGAGCUUCACACAAUCAACAAACCUGAAGAGACACAUGAACAUCCACACUAAAGAGAAGCAGCACUCAUGUGAUCAAUGCGGGAAAAUGUUUUUAUGGGCUUCACUUCUGAAGAAACACUUUAAAGUUCAUUCAAAGGAGAUGCCACAUUCAUGUCAUUUGUGUGGUAAGAGUUUUUUGCAUCUACAAAGUUUGAAAGCACAUCAGAAAAUACACACUGCUGUGAGGGAGCACAUGUGCUUUGAGUGUGAAAAGACUUUUAGUUCAGGGAGCAGUUUAAAACUGCAUGAAAUGAUCCACACUGGAGAGAAACCUUAUAAGUGUUCACACUGUGACAAGAGAUUCAGUCAGUCAUCAAAUCUGAAAAAACAUGCGAGGAUUCACACUGGAGAGAAACCUUACAAGUGUUCAUACUGUGACAAGAGAUUCAGUCAGUCAUCAAAUCUGAAAACACAUGAAAUGAUCCACAAUGGAAAAAAACCUUAUAAGUGUUCAAACUGUGACGAGAUAUUCAGUGUUUCAAAAAGUUUGAAAACACAUGAGAGGAUACACACUGGAGAGAAACCUUAUAAGUGUUCAAACUGUGACAAGAGAUUCAGUGGGUCAGCAAAUCUGAAAAAACAUGAAAGGAUCCACAAUGGAAAAAAACCUUACAAGUGUUCACACUGUGACAAGAGAUUCAGUCAGUCAGUACAUCUGAAAACACAUGAAAUGAUCCACAAUGGAAAAAAACCUUACAAGUGUUCACACUGUGACAAGAGAUUCAGUCAGUCAUCACAUCUGAAAACACAUGAAAUGAUCCACAAUGGAAAAAAACCUUACAAGUGUUCACACUGUGACAAGAGAUUCAGUGUGUCAGCAAAUUUGAAAACACAUGAGAGGAUCCACACUGGAGAGAAACCUUAUAAGUGUUCACACUGUGACAAGAGAUUCAGUCAGUCAGAACAUCUAAAAACACAUGAGAGGAUUCACACUGGAGAGAAACCUUAUAAGUGUUCACACUGUGUCAAGAGAUUCAGUGAUUCAAGAAGUCUGAAAAAACAUGAGAGGAUUCACACUGGAGAGAAACCUUAAAAGUGUUCACACUGUGUCAAGAGAUUUGGUGAUUAAUCAGGUCUAAAAACACAUGAGAGGAUUCACACUGGAAAGAAACGGUAUCACUGCACUGUACAUGGGAAGUGUUUCAUUCAGUCAUAUGUUUAACACAGUCAUACAAAAACAAUCACAGUAAGGCCCCAUACACACGGAGACAUGUUUAGCUGUGAUUGUAAAUAUUUUGUAUGGUAUAUGUGUUUCGUCCAGACGGAUCCGGCGUUUGGGAGAAUGAAAUCACUAUAUAUUUUUUUUAAACCGGGUCCCAGAGUGGAUAAAUCUGAAAAGGUCACCUUUGCUUUUCAUGUGUACAGCCAAUCCGUAUAUUUUGCGAAACGAUGUCAUCACCCCACAUCUCAACCCUAGUCAGACACUGCUACAUCAUGUAACAUCAACAACAACAAAAAUGGAGGAAUACAUGUUUGUGUUCAUGCUGCAGAAGCUCCUGAGCCUAUUAGCUUGACUAAACGUACAAGUAGAGUGGCACGAUAUUGGAAAAAAACUCACAUUUUGAUAAUUUUUCUCUGUGAUGUGUUGCGA